AGGCGGCCAGUUGUUUUGUUUUUUGAAAUGAAAAGGACAUUCUUGCCGUAUUUACAUCUUUCCUAUUGUGCGAUGGCAACGUAAACCAGGACUACAAUCUCCACGUCAUGUUCCUUAGGAUCACCUUGAACAGCCUUGUUGCAUCGCUCGUAAUUGUCGUCCUGGCCGUGUACUGGUACCGGCUUCCUGCAAAAAAUGCCAAGCAAAAGGUGGCCAGGAGACCGCCCCCCGACCCUGAGGAUCCCCUGCCACCGUCCAAUUCACCGUUGCACCAAUUCUCCCGCUCGGCCAUCUGCUCCGACCACAAUGUGUGCAGCCUGCUGGCGAAGAACACCCUGGAAAGGGGCGGCAGCGCAGUGGAUGCUGCCCUCGCUGCCCUGAUCUGCAAUGGUCUGGUGGGGAUGCAGAGCAUGGGACUCGGCGGCGGCAUGCUGAUGAACAUCUACGUGCACGAAGAGCGCAAAUCGUACAGCAUCCUGGCGCGUGAAAUAGCCCCGCUGGCGCUGCGCUCUGGAAACUUCUCCACUUUCCGCGACGAGCAGGAGUUCAGAAAGUCCAGCUGGUCCAUUGCCGUGCCAGCGGAAUUGGCUGGCUAUGCCCAGGCCCAUCAGCGAUUCGGGAGGCUGCCGUGGUCGGACCUGGUCCAGCCAACGGUGGAGCUCUGCCGCAGUGGCUAUCGCCUCUACAAGCAUCAGUACGAUGCCCUAAUCCUAAACCAGGAGAUGGUCCAGGGCGACCCACGGCUGCGAGGGAUGUUUAUAGAUUCGAAUUCCGGGCAGUUCUGGCCCAUUGGUCAUCUCAUUCAGCCGCCGGCACAAUUGUGCGCCACCUAUGAGCGACUGGCCCGCGAAGGACCUCUUAGUUUCUACAAUGGCUCUAUAGCCGAGGAUCUGCUAGCCGACUUGGCGGAUGUGGGCAGUGCUAUUACCCGGGAGGAUUUAAACCGCGCCGAUGCCCAGCUAAGCAGGGCACUGGUGAUGCCGCUGGAUGAGUAUGAUCUGCAUUUAACUCCGCCACCGGGCAGUGGUCACAUCCUGGGCUUCAUCAUGAACAUUCUGUGCGAGUUCCGAGCGGAUUUCGCCAGCAACCCCAAAAUGGAAGCCCGGGAUAUACAUCGAAUGGUGGAGGCCAUGAAGUUUGGCUUCGUCAAGCGCUGGCAACUGGACGAAUCGGCCAACAGAGAGCUCCUGGAGAGCCUGACCAGCCCUGAAUGGGCCCAGCUGGUGGCAGCACAAAUCAAUGACUCGCAGACCUUUAAUAACUCCGAGUUCUAUGGCGACUCUCUGGGAAUACAGAUACGGGAUGAGCAAGGCACCGCCCACACCUCGGUGCUCCAUGGCAAUGAUGCUGUUUCGGUCACCAGUUCUAUUAAUUUCUACUUUGGCAGUGGACGCACUGGCCGCCGCACAGGUGUGCUGUUCAACAAUGCCAUGUCGGACUUUUCCUUUGAGCAGCUUAAAAAUUAUUUCGAUUUACCUUUUGUGCCUGGAACAAAUGGCAUUGCUCCCUCGGCUCGUCCCAUGUCCUCCAUGUGUCCUGUCAUCGUCACGGAGCGUUCGUCGGGCCAAGUCCGUUUGGUUGUGGGCGCCGCUGGUGGCACCAAAAUCAUCUCCGCCCUGCUGCCCCUGCUCGUGCGCAAUCUCUGGCAGGGAGCAAGCAUUAAGGCAGCCAUUGAUGCCAGUCGCCUGCAUCACCAGAUGCUGCCCAAUGUUUUGUUUUAUGAAUAUGGCCUGGUUCAGGAUCAAGUGAAAGACCUGCAGGCCAAGGGUCAUCGUUGCGAGCGUUAUGAGCAGCGUGGCUCAGUGAUUUGUGGCAUCGCACAACAGAAUGACAGCGUCUGGGUGAACUCGGACUUCCGGAAGCCAGGAGGAGUAGCGGGAUUUUGAGGAGGCUGGAUGCUGUUCGGGAUUUGACUUCCUCAGACAUGUAUUUGCAUAACUCACUCUAUAUACAUAUAUAGAUAUAUGCAUUGACGAUAGCGGAUCUGGCUCAGAAAAACUUGAUUGAGGAAAACUGAAAGAUUAGUUUACGUUCACAGGCGGAAGUGUCAAGACGCCGGUAGUUUGAUCUCUUGGUUGUAUUUACAUCUGCAGACGAUCACACCGGGCUUUUUAAUGAGGCUCAACGGUAGCAGAUAGUAUUUAUGAUGCUAUAAACAUACUUUAAUUUUAAAACAAAUGUCAAUAAAAUUAGUAGAUUAAAAAAUAAAUAUAUAUUAGUUUGAAAAGAAAUCAGUAACAGAUGCUGAGUUAACUGAACUUUAACAGCUGGUUGCUAAAACCCUUUGGGAAUUCUAAAGCAAAGCAUG